UUUUUCACUUCACAUACGGAUCAUAUCGUCUACGAAAACUCACUGAUCUGUCAACAAGCUUCUACUUUACAGAAGCAAAGAGCAAAUGUGAUGAGAUAAAUGGAUCAUUACUGACAGUGUUUGAUGAUGGGGAUGUCACCUUCGUUUUCAAUAAAAACCAAAAAAGUAUCUGGACUGGUCUGCGUUGGAAGGAGAACAAUUUUACCACUUGGUCAAACGGUGACACGUACAAAUACAGUAAAUCAGAAGUCAAUGUAAACAGAAGACAACAAUUAUGUGAAGCUAUUGAAAACAGCACAUGGAGAGGUUUCCCCUGUUCAGAUAAGAAACCUUUCAUGUGCUAUAACGCUACCGGGUACAUUCUGAUUGAGGAUGAACCCAAGGACUGGUGUCAGGCACAAUACUACUGCAGAAGACAUUACACUGAUCUGGUCAGCAUCAGUGACGACAAGCAAAACGCACAAGUGACUGAAAAAGGAAACGCAAAAACAUUUUGGAUUGGGCUGAUGCAUGAUCAGUGGGAAUGGAUUGACAAAAGCUGUUCGACAUACAGGACAUGGUCCAGUGACAGGGAGACAUCUAACGACAUAAUUCUUCAUAGAUAUACAAGAGGAUUACUAGAAACAGACAACAGUGGCUUUAGUUACCAAGUAAUCUGUGCUCAAGGCUCUGUGAGAAUCAAAGUCAUCAACAGAACUUUAACUUGGGAACGGGCCCUUGAAUACUGUAAGAAGCACCACACAGGUUUGCUCCAGAUUGACAGUGAAGAGGAUCAGGCUGCUGUUGAACACUGGCUAAAGCAUGACAACACUGUCAGUGCUGGUCCACUGUGGAUCGGCAUGAGGAGUCCCUUCUUUGGAUUCUGGAUCUGUAAAGAGACGUACAACAACUGGAAGAAUGGCAACCAGCCAGAGCUGCCCUUCAUUAACAACUGUGGCGCCAUCAACAUCAAUGACUACACGUGGACUGAUGAGGACUGCGGGCGCGAGUUACCUUUUAUAUGUGAGGAGGAGAUUUCAUUCUUGAAAAACUAGUUCAUGGUUAUGAAGGUGGUGAUUAGGUUUUAAUAUAAAACCAAUGUGGAAGUGAUGAUGUUGGAGAAUCAUUUUCUUUCUUUCUUUUAUUUUCAAGCUUUUAUCUGGUUAAACUUUGUUGGGGAAAGUAGAUUUUGGUCAUCUUUACUUAAUUAUACAUACAUUUAUCUACAAAGUGAAAACUAAAAUACGUUAGAAUUGACUUUGUUUGCUGUGAUAAAGGACUGUUUUGACAAAGUAUGUAGUUCUAUGGUAAGAUAAGUUAGAAUAUACUGUAGUUUAUAUGAUAUAGAUGCAUUUUAGUGGAUAUUAUGGAAGUUGUGUAACUAACUAUUCCAAUUUCUUGCUAAGGUUUCUAAGUUAUAAAUGUGAUGAGGACAGUACAUACACAGAACAUCUGUCCAGUAAAUGUAUUUGAAUGCUUUUGUGUGAGCCUGUAAUCAUAUAUCUUCUAACUAACAAUAAAAUGUUU